UGAAAAAUACAAGAGAAGGGAUCGAACAGUGCCAGAUCUUCCCAAAUCACACGCUCGCGCUCUCUCUCUCUACCCCCUCUGGGCAAAAAAUCUGCAAAGCAAACAUCUAAACUGGGUUGUCUGGGAUUUACCCAUAACCAAUUCCUCCCUCUCAUGACCCAAUUACAGCUUCUGAUUUGAUUUUCAUUCAAAUUCAAUCGAUUAACAAUGUAUCAAUGGAGGAAGUUCGAGUUCUUUGAAGAAAAACACGGAGGAAAAUACAAGGUCCCAGAUGAAAUUACAGCGGAAAUUAAGUGUUGUUCAAGUGGAAGAGGCAAAGUUUCAAUUGGAUGUGAUGAUGGGAAUGUUAGUAUCCUUGAUCGAGGUCUCAAGUUCAAUUACGCUUUCCAGGCUCACUCUUCUUCCGUCCUUUUUCUUCAACAACUCAAGCAACGCAAUUACCUUCUUACUAUUGGGCAAGAUGAACAGAUAUCUCCACAGGCUUCAUCUAUGUGCCUGAAAGUUUUUGACUUGGAUAAGACACAAAUGGAGGGACAGGAGGGUACAAGCACGAGCGCAACAGUUCCUGAUUGUGUUCAAAUAUUACGUAUAUUCACUAACCAAUUCCCUGAAGCAAAGAUUACAUCCUUCUUAGUUCUAGAAGAAACUCCACCAAUUCUACUCAUAGCCAUUGGAUUGGACAAUGGAAGCAUCUACUGCAUCAAAGGGGACAUUGCUCGUGAGCGAAUUACCCGAUUUACCCUUAGGGUGGAAAAUGCUUCAGCGGGUCAUGCUGCUGUUACAGGACUUGGGUUCAGAAGUGAUGGUCCGGACAUUCUUCUAUUUGCGGUGACUCCAUCCUCUGUUAGCUUGUUCAAUCUCCAGUACCAGCCAGCAAAAAGGCAAACCUUGGAUCAAAUUGGGUGUGAUACAAAGAGUGUUGCAAUGAGCGACCGAUCGGAGCUGAUUAUUGGUCGACCUGAAGCUGUGUAUUUUUACGAAGAUGAUGGACGCGGUCCUUGUUGGGCGUUUGAAGGAGAGAAGAAAUUUCUUGGAUGGUUCCGUGGAUAUCUUUUGUGUGUAAUUGCAGGUCAAAGAAGUACCAAAGAUACAUUUAAUAUUUAUGACCUGAAGAACCGUUUAAUAGCACAUAGUGCUACGGUUAAUGAAGUCUCACAUGUGCUCUGUGAAUGGGGAAACAUAAUUCUCAUUAUGGCUGAUAAAUCAGCCGUUUGUGUUGGAGAAAAGGAUAUGGAAAGCAAGUUAGAUGUGCUUUUUAAGAAGAAUCUCUAUUCUGUAGCUAUUAAUCUGGUUCAAACUCAGCAAGCUGAUGCUGCUGCAACUGCUGAAGUCCUUAGAAAAUAUGGUGAUCACCUAUACAGCAAGCAGGAGUAUGAUGAGGCUAUGGCUCAGUACAUCCACACCAUUGGUCACCUUGAACCUUCAUUUGUGAUACAGAAAUUUCUGGAUGCUCAGAGAAUCCACAAUCUGACCAAUUACUUGGAAAACUUACAUGAAAAGGGGCUCGCUUCAAAAGAUCAUACUACUCUCUUGUUGAACUGUUACACUAAGUUAAAAGAUGUUGAUAAGCUGAACUAUUUUAUUAAAAGUGAGGACGGUGGGGAACAUAAGUUUGAUGUAGAGACUGUGAUACGAGUCUGCCGUGCUGCCAAUUAUCAUGAACAUGCAAUGUAUGUUGCUAAAAAGGCAGGUAGGCAUGAGUUGUACCUGAAGAUUCUGUUAGAAGAUCUUGGUAGAUAUGAUGAAGCCUUACAGUAUAUUUCAAGCCUUAAUCCAAGCCAAGCCGGGGUGACAGUUAAAGAAUAUGGCAAAAUUCUUAUAGAACACAAACCAAAGGAGACAAUACUUAUACUUCUGAAGCUCUGUACGGAGGAGGGAAAACCGGCCAAAAAAGAUACCUUAACCAUGCUGCCAUCUCCUGUUGAUUUCCUCAACAUUUUUGUACAUCAUCCAAAAUCGUUAAUGGAUUUUCUUGAGAAAUACACUGAUAGAGUGAAUGACUCAUCUGCACAGGUGGAAAUUCACAAUACCCUGUUGGAAUUGUAUUUGUCCUAUGACUUGACCUUCCCGUCGAUGUCACAAUAUAGCUACAAUGGAGAUCUUGAUGAUAAAGAGACGAUAUCAUCAGCAGUGUCAAAACCUUCAUCAAAUGGAAAACUACCAUUGAAUGAUGAUGAGAAAAGUCGUGCUAUAAGACGUGAGAAAGGGCUGCGCUUGCUUAAAAGUGCAUGGCCAUCUGACCUGGAAAAUCCACUUUAUGAUGUUGAUCUUGCUAUAAUCCUCUGUGAAAUGAAUGCAUUUAGAGAAGGGCUUUUGUUUGUUUAUGAGAAUAUGAAACUGUACAAGGAGGUGAUUUCUUGCUAUAUGCAGGCCCAUGACCAUGAGGGAUUGAUUGCAUGUUGCAAGAGGCUGGGAGAUUCAGGUAAGGGUGGAGACCCCACUCUUUGGGCGGACGUAUUACAGUACUUUGGUGAACUUGGAGAAGAUUGUUCCAAAGAAGUUAAAGAGGUCUUGAAAUAUAUUGAGAGGGAUGACAUUUUACCACCUAUUGUUGUUCUUCAAACGCUGUCACAAAAUCCAUGCCUCACUCUUUCUGUAAUCAAGGAUUAUAUUGCUCGGAAACUUGAACAGGAGUCAAAGCUGAUUGAAGAGGAUAGGCAGGCUGUUGAUAAGUAUCAGGAGGAUACAACAGCAAUGAGGAAAGAAAUCGAGGAUCUUAGGACAAAUGCAAGAAUAUUUCAGCUCAGCAAGUGUACUGCAUGCACUUUCACUCUCGAUCUUCCGGCGGUUCAUUUUAUGUGCAUGCAUUCGUAUCAUCUACGUUGCCUUGGUGACAACGAAAAGGAGUGUCCUGAGUGUGCUCCUGAGUAUAUGUCUGUUCUGGAAAUGAAGAGAAGUUUGGAACGGAAUUCUAGAGACCAAGAUCAGUUCUUUCAGAAAGUUAAAGAUUCCAAAGAUGGAUUCUCUGUUAUUGCCGACUAUUUUGGAAAGGGAAUAAUUAGCAAGACAAAACCCGAUGGAAACACUUCUACCAACGGUGGCUUUUGAAGGUCUGAGUAUUUACUUAUUUUUUUUUCUAAGUUUCCAGAUCAGUGAAGGUAUGGAUUGUACAGUGUAUAUCAAUGUUUUCCGAGGUUGUGUUGGAGUAACAAAGGUUAGAUAUGAAACCAAGUUGUUGUUAUCUCAGUUCACCAAGAUCUUGAACUACAUUGUCUAUGGGCGAAUGCAUUUGUAAUGCAUUAUUUAAGAUGGUCCUCAAUAGACCUGUUCAACGGGCUGGAGGCCCAUUAAAAGCCCGAGUCAAGCCCAUUUUGAAAUGGGUUCAACCCUUUAUUUUUACCGAAGAUUUUAAUUGGGAACACUUUGAAUUUUUGGUAGGUAGCAGCUCCGUCCUUGAUUUCGUGCUGUAGAUGAGGCUGAAAGGUGAGGAAAUUUUGUACAAUAAGAAAAGGAAGAUCUGAUACCCAGGUUGUUGCUUCUUGUGCAGUGAUGUGUAUUUUACGGAGAAUUGUUCAUUUUCCGUUUUUUGUUUCUAAUCAUUCUGGGAUGCUGCUUCAUUGGUGGAUUGUUUUGUUAUACCUUUGGGUGAAAGUAAAUGUAAAUGAUGUUACAUUGAGUUGGCUUGUUGACUCAAAAUAAAUUGUGAAAACUGUCUUUUGAUCUUUCA